CUCUCUCUCUCUUUUUAAGGAGGAUAUAAAAAGGAUGAUCUACUAGAGCCGUAUCUCCCUUUCCAGCAUCGAAAUAAACCUCAAUCUUACUCCAUCAAGUCCCGACACCACCAUCGCCUCUCAACUCUUAAAGGCACUGCCAUGCUCAGCAACAACAACAACGGAGCCCUGGAUGGUCUUCCCCUGAGCUCGUGCACAGACAGCAGUGUUGAACUUGACGACCAAUUCUUGGUCUCGAACCCUCUCAAGGAUGUCGAUAACCAUCCCACUCUCUUGGUGAGCGAGCGCGUUGCUGCUGCGGAGGAAUUGAAUGAAGAAGAUGAGGGCAUAACUGUGGAGCACGCUGGUGGGCACCAAGAGGGUGAGCAGGAAGAGGAUAUGGAUAGAGUCGAGGAGGAAGAGGAACGAAGGCAGGUCACCGAGAUGGAACAAAAACAGGACACCGAGGCAGAGAAGAAGCACAUCGCUGAAGAGGAAUAUGCGGAAGCUGAGGAUGAUCAGACCGAGACUGAGGCAGUUAAGGUGCACGUUAAUGAGUUUACCGAAGAGAAUCAAAGGGAAGCUGAGGAGCUAGCCGACAACACCUCCACCAUGCCUAUCUGCUCCAAGCCCAAGGAAGAAACCGCCGAGGCGAUUGCUGCAGAGGCAGUCUUCGCGCCCGCCGUAGUUGAGAAGGGGUCCGAACCAAUGGCCUCUGGUAUUCCUCAGCGUCCUGUGAAGACUGGGGUGCCCACUCAUGUUCAGUCUCACAGUCUUUCGGCUGCAAGCAUGGCGCUCAAGAAGAAGCAGGCGGCUGAAAAUGCUGCCGCAGCCAUCAAGGCCGCCGCUGUCGAGAUCCCUGAGACCGACUCGAUCGCCAACCGUAUCAGGAUCUUUGGAGGAGCCGGCCCUGGUCGCACCAUCGGGCAUAGGAGGCUUGGUGUUCGCGACAUGGUCCAGAGAUACAGGAAUGAGGAGGAGAAGAGACACAAUGAAAUCGCACAUGUUGUUCGAGGACAUAAUGAUAUGGAGCCCCAUGGCGUCUGCAAUGCGUACUCGUUCUCUACGGCAUCUCGGCCCUUAAGAUCUACGCCCCGCAGGAAGAUGAGCCACGAACUGAGCGAGAACGAGACACGGGAGUUCGCGAAGGCAUUCGGAGGUAUGGUCAGAAACGACGACGAUUGCAGGACAGGUGUCAGUCAGGAGAGCGUCCACAGUGUCAAGAAUGCAAAAAACAUCUUUGAGAGCCUGGCGCGUACGGAGAGUGGUGCUCAGUUGUAAGCAACCUAGGGUGAGACGCUAUAGCCUUCCAGCUUCAGUUUACGAUUCGUUGCAGAAUAAAGGGCGCCAGUCGCUUUUGUAAUAAU